GCAGUUGCAAGUAAAACGUUGCGAAAGCCACAACUCUGUUGUUCGUCUGACUUAGCUUUACUGUAUAUCCUUGGAUCUAUGCAAUGAUGAGUUUAAUGAUAUGGUGGUUAUUGUGGCUGUUAUUUGGUCAAGGAUUCACAAUGAAAAUGGGUUGGAAUGAAGAACUUGAGUUUUGUGAGGAAAAAUGGAAGAAAUUUGUGGCGGACAAAAUUAAAAUUGAUUCGAAAUGCAACAAUACUCGUACACGCUGUUGUGUUGAGAAGAAAAAAUAUCUUUUGGAGCGAUUUAAAAUGUUUAGUGAAAUAUGUCCACUCGAAGGGACAUGUGGAUGCAGCCAGAUUAUUUUAAACUUUACUGUUUUGUCACACGUCUAUUAUGGUUCAAAUCCUUAUUUACAAAUAGCAUUAUACGAAAAAGGGAAAGAACCAGAAAACUUCACGUGUUUACAUAAGUACAUAAAUGAAAGAAUAGAAAAGUCAUAUCUUUCACCUGUUCUUAACUUUGGAGUCGGACAACACAAAAUCCCUAACAACAAGUAUGUUUUAUACGGUGGAAAAAGUCACACUUGUUUUAUUGUACUCAACGUGAACAAAAAAGAUACGAAUGGAUUUUUCAUCAAACAAGUUCAGUCAGGAAAGUGUGUUUGGGAUAGUCGAAUACAACAAGGUGUCUUUUUAGAGAAAGAUACGGAAUUUAUGUGGAGUUAUCUGAUGGAAAUUUUAAUGGAAAAUGCGGAGCCAUCAAUGCCAUAA